CAACUACUAACUAGGCAGGCCACCUCGUUCGCACCUCCUGCAGACCACCGUCCCCGAAGGCUGGGUGCUGUUGACAACGAGGGGAAGUAAAGCGGGGGGCAGCGGGUUGAUCGCGUCAGGUUUGUCCCUGUGACUCAUGGUCCGCCUCAAUGUUUUGCUUGAUGUCGUCUCGUGGUUUCGAAGCCGAACGCUUGCUUCACCAACAAGGAUAAACCUGGUGCUGCAUCUUCCUGUUCCCCAUUUUUACUGCACUUGGCCUCUCGAGCCGGACUUGGUGUGCGCUAGGCGGCAUACAUCCCACAGGUCACUCUUACCGUAUCACUCAGGACACUCAAGGGAUGACCAACAUAAUGAAAUGAUGAAACGAGCCCGCAUCCGGCCAGGGGAACCAACUCCGGUGCUCCCACUACACUCGGAAAUUAGACUGCAGUUGUGCAUUUGGAUACUAGAAGGACCAUACAAUGGGGCACUUCUUCAUGACGAAGAGUCGACAAGACCUCUAGAAUGAGCGAAAACAUGGCAAGUCGCAACGCGCUCAGUUAUACCCGACUUUAUAAACGAUGAAUAAAUGGAUUUUACUUGAAAUCUAUGCCUUCUAGUGCUCAGUUCGAGCGUCAAGUCCCUUGGUUGCGACACCUUUUACAUGGUUUCAGUUUGCCACUUGGUCAAGCGCGGGCGGGCAGCUAGUAUCAGGAGUGAUGCAGCAAGGUAUUUGUCCAGACCUGUAGUACCUAUUUCUCUUUGGAACACCACACAACUCAGUAAAUAACUACGAUGACGAAACUUGAAACAUGAAACAAAUUUUCU